AUGCCUGGCAGAGUCGCCGCCCGCUCGACGUCUGCGACAACACGCCGGUCGUCGGCACAGCCCUCUACAUCUGGGCGUGCUGGCUCCGUCACUCCAUCGUUUGCGAUCCCCGAAGAACCCGCAGAGCCAUCAACCCCCACUCUACGUCGCGAUGUGUGCUUGAUUUUCGCGGACGCUCAGCGCUCCACAACUGGUCACCGCAAGCUCGUUGUUCGUUUGCGCAAGCUGCAAGAGAUCUGCUGCGGUAUUGCCCGGAAGAAGAAUGGCAAGAAGGACAAAGACCAGGAUCCCGAGGAAGCGCUGAUUCCAGGAGAGGAAACAACCGCCGAGAAAGAAUUCAAUGUGGAGGUCGGCCGCUGCAUGCUCCGCAUUCUCACCAUUAAGAAGACCGAGCCUGUUGGUGACCGUAUCUUGCGCUUCCUGGGAACCUUCCUGGGCCAUGCCUCGGAGAAAGAUACCGAGAUGUUCGCCUCUGGCGACGAUGAGGAGCAGAAUCCAGAAACCCCGACUGCCCGCUUGACUUCCAGUCUUGUCGCAUUGAUGGUACCCAUCCUUGGUGCGAAAGACAAGAUGGUCCGGUUCCGCGGAACCCAAAUUCUUGCUCACAUUGUCAAUUCGCUCGAAUCCAUUGAUGACGAGCUAUACCAUACCAUCCGACAGGGUCUAUUGAGACGCAUCCGGGAUAAGGAGGCCUCUGUUCGUGUGCAGGCAGUUCUUGGAUUGGGCCGUCUGGCAGGAGAUGAUGGAGAAGACGAUGGAAACGAUGAUAACUCCACCGCGCUCCUUGAAAAGCUGAUCGAAAUUAUGCAAAACGACACCAGCGCCGAUGUUCGCAAGACCCUGCUAACCAAUCUCCCCCUCGUCCCCGUUACACUUCCCUACCUCCUCGAACGCGCCCGCGAUCUCGAUGCUCCUACUAGGCGCGCGCUCUACUCCCGCCUUCUCCCAACUUUGGGAGAUUUCCGCCACCUAUCCCUAUCUAUGCGAGAAAAACUUCUUCGCUGGGGUCUGCGUGAUCGUGAUGAAAGUGUUCGUAAGGCUACUGGGAAAUUGUUCUACGAUCGAUGGGUCGAGGAUUGCGCUGGUACCAACAAUGAGCCGAAUGAGGGACCGCCUGGGCAGCGGUCUGAGCCUAACACCAACGCUCUCCUUGAACUUCUGGAGAGAAUCGAUGUCAUCAAUUCUGGAAUGGAAAGUGGAAUUGCCCAUGAAGCAAUGCGAAGUUUCUGGGAAGGUCGCGCGGACUACCGUGAGGCUGUUGUUUUUGACGAGCCCUUCUGGGAGAACCUGAACGGUGAAUCCGCAUUCUUACUCCGGUCAUUCAAUGACUUCUGCCGUGUGGAGAAUGAGGGCAAGUAUGAAAGUCUCGCCGAUGACAAGAUGCCCGAGGUUACCGCUAUGGCCUAUUUCUUGGGCAAGUACAUCACAAAUCUUCUGGAGCGCAAGAAAAUCUCCAAGGAAAGCGGCGAUGCGAAUGAUGAGGACGCGGUUGAGCACGAGUUUGUUGUCGAGCAACUGCUGCAUAUCGCCAUCACCUUGGAUUACAGCGACGAGGUUGGUCGACGAAAGAUGUUCUCUCUGCUGCGAGAAUCUUUGGCUGUGCCAGAACUUCCGGAGGAGAGCACCAAGCUGGUUGUUGAAACUCUCCGGUGUGUCUGCGGACCUGAUACUGCUGGUGAAGCCGAAUUUUGCAGCGUCGUUUUGGAAGCCAUUGCUGAAGUCCAUGAUACUAUCACCACCGAGGAUAGCUUUGUGUCUGCCCGGUCUGAAAUUAGUGACGAUGCUAGCAGCCGCCAGAACUCUGAAGCCCCAGGAGAAGAGGAGCCAACGCCUUUCAAUAAGGAGGAAGCGAAGGCGAAGAUCGUCCGCGAAAUCGUGGUCAACAUGAAGUGUCUUUACAUUGCUCAGUGUAUGCUGCAGAAUGUGCAGGGCAAUCUCCAGCAGAGCAUGAACCUAGUUACCAUGCUGAAUAACCUUGUGGUCCCUGCUGUUCGCAGCCACGAGGCUCCUAUCCGUGAGCGCGGUCUGCUGUGCUUGGGACUUUGCUGCCUGCUUGACAGGAAUCUGGCCGAAGAGAACAUGACCCUCUUCAUUCAUUGCUACAGCAAGGGCCACGAGGCAUUGCAGGUCACUGCAUUGCAGAUUCUCUGCGAUAUGAUUACGACACAUCCUUCACUGCUCGCUCCCGUCACCCAGUCCGAUGGCGAGACAGUCACACCACCACCAAUGCAGAAGCCCUUGCUGAAGGUUUUUGCACGUGCUCUGCGUGCCAACUCUCCCAACAGUGUGCAGUCGGGAGCCGCAUCUGCUCUCUCGAAGCUCCUACUCACCAGUGCAUUCACACCAGCAGGGCCUAACGUCCCUCCGGCAAUCCAGGAACACAACCAAAAUGCUGUUGAGACGUUAUUGCUGUCAUUGGUGGUUUCAUUCUUCCACCCACGCACGCGCGAAAAUCCAGCACUUCGCCAGUCCUUGGCCUACUUCUUCCCCGUCUACUGCCAUUCUCGUGUGGACAACACACAGCAUAUGCGCCGGGUUGCUGUGCCAGUGAUCCGCGCUGUCAUGAAUGCUGCAGAGGAGUAUUACUCGCUUGAGGCUGAGGAAGACAGUGAUGGUGAGGUAGAUGCCAGCAUUGGUGAGCGUGAAGUCAAGGCACUCAUGACUGGUGUCAUUGGAAUGUUGUCUGAAUGGACCGAUGAACGUCGUGUCGUUGGUCUUGGUGGUGAAAGAAUUCUUGCUGGCGGUACCGCGAGCUCCAACGUGUGUGGAUGGGUACACCUGGCCUUGGUCAAGGAUAUCCUCGAGCGAGUUCUUGGUGUCAGUGCCGGAACCAACCGCUGCUCUCGUGAGGAACGCAAGCUUCUCUUCUCCCUUCUCAGCAAGCUUUACUUUGCUGCGCCUACAGCCCCCUCUCGGGCAGGCUCUCGAGCACCCGAGGGCGAUGAUCAAUUCCGAACUAGUAUCCGCAGUGCCACCGGUCUUGAGAUCGCCCCCGAGAAUAAUGAGCUUGCUCUCGAGGUCAAGGAGCUAUUAGACCAAACCAUUGAUGAAGGUCUUGCUGGCGAAGCUUCCAGCAGGAACGCCCUUACCAAGGCCAAGAAUUCUAUUCUAAAGAUCCUCGCCGUGGCACAGGAUGCCCGUGCUGCUAGUGCUCGACCGAGGGAAGGCACUGAAGACCCCGAAAAUGACGGGGCCAGUGUUCGCUCUGCCAGUGUUCGCCGGUCUGUGGAACCUACUGGUGGUAUCAGUCGCCGCCAUGUGUCCGUGGAGCCCAGCAUUAUGGAGGAAGAUGAAGGUGAAGAUGACAGCCGUCUUACAUCUGCCACCGCCAAUCGCCCCAUUGUCUCCAUCGAACCUAGUAUCAUGGAAGAAAAUGAAGAGGACGACCAUGACACCAGCCGGGGGACGGUUAUCAAGGAGGAAACGGGCGACGAGUAA